AUGGGUGCCUGUCAUCAUCCCUGUCACCUCACAGGAGCCCCCACGGCCCCCGUGCCACGGCCUUGCUCCACCCCGGCCUUGUGUCACAGCCGGCUCACAACAUGGCGGCUGGGAGGGGCGGCAGCGCUUCCAGAACCUUCUCAAGGGGCCCUGAGGGGAAUGGCCACCCCUCGGGGCAGGGGGAUGGCACUCGCCUUCCUCAGGUCCUGUGUCAGCCCUGAGGGGACGGCCCCGGCGCUGCCACCGCCUGAGCGCCUCAAGGGACAGAGGGUCAGGGUGUCCGUGCGAGGGCUGGCAGGACCCUCCCCAGGGCAACUCGCCGCCAUUUUGAAGGGGUCGGGGAUGAGUUGGCUCCAGGCACAUCAUGGCGGCUGGGGGACAGCCCUGCUCCUCAGGCUGGGGGUCUGGGCAGUGUUGGUGGCAUCUCUCCCCCCCAGGGCGGGCGGCCAUGGCCCACUGCCGGGCUAUGCUGGCCACGAGAUAGUCCGGCCGAGGAAACUGGCCCCCAGGGCAGGAAAAGCCGCGGGGGAAGAGGUGUCCUACGUCCUCAGGGUGGAGGGGGAGAACCGCAUCAUCCGCCUCACGCAGAAGAGAGGAUUUCUGGUGAAAAACCUACCGGUCAUCACAUACAGCCCCAGGGGGACGAGGGUGGUGGAGCAGCGCCACGUCCCCCAGGACUGCUUCUACCUGGGCUCUGUGGAGGGCAGCCCCGGCUCCCUCGCCACGCUGAGCACCUGCGCGGGUCUGAGGGGCCGGCUGGAAAUCGGGAACCGGAGCUACGGCAUCGAACCCGUGCCAAGGUCCCUCACCUUCCAGCACCUUCUCUAUCGGCGGGAGAAGACCCAGAACAAGCCCUCGAUGUGCGGGCUGAAGGAUGAGGUGAGCCAAAACCAACCGGGUGGGAUGGGAGCUAAGACAGCCUUAGGAAAGCACGACUCGUCUCAGAGACUGAAGCACUCCAAGUACGUUGAGAUAUUUGUCGUGGUAGACAACUACCUGUUUUCCUUCCAAGGGAGCAAUGAGACCUCCGUGAUGCUUCUGGUUAUAGACACAAUUAAUUUAGCUGAAACAUACUAUUAUCCUCUGAAAAUUCGCAUCUGCCUGAUCGGGCUGGAGAUCUGGACGCAGAGCAACUUCAUCAGGUACAGCCAGGACAUAGAGGAAGUUCUUAAAAAUUUUAAUGACUGGGGAAAUCGGGAUCUUUCUCAGAGGAUGGAAUAUGACAUCGCAUAUUUAUUUACCUACGUGGACUUUGGACUAAUCGUUGGGCUGGCAUAUGUAGGUAGCAUCUGCCACCCUGGUUACCAGUCAGGCCUCGUAUCACAUAUACAGGGAGAUUUCAUCAUCUUUUCAACAAUUUUUGCUCAUGAGCUGGGUCACAACCUGGGGAUGGAGCACGACAAAAAGGAGUGUGCAUGUGGAAAAGCCAUCAGGUGCCUCAUGGCGGGAGACUCGCUCCACAGCGCCAAGGCUUUCAGCAACUGCAGCAGGCAGAGCUACCGAGACCUGAUCAGCAGAGGGGAUGGCGACUGCUUGAGCAACAUCCCAGAGCCCCACAGACUCUUCCAUUUUAAAUACUGUGGCAACAAGGUGAUUGAUGAGGGAGAGCAGUGUGACUGCGGGGGCUCACAGGGCUGCCGAGGCAAUCCUUGCUGUCACCAGAACUGCAGGCUGAAGCCGGGGGCUGUCUGCUCCGUUGGGCGAUGUUGUCACAAAUGCCACUUCCGUGCUGCAGGACACAAGUGCAGGUCAGAGGUGGAUGAGUGUGACUUGCCUGAAUAUUGCAACGGGACUUCUGCGUGGUGCCCAGAGGAUCUGCAUGCGCACGAUGGCACGUCAUGCAGCAACGACGGCUACUGCUACCAGGGGAAAUGCGCGACCUACGACAACCUGUGCCAAAAAGUCUUUGGGAAGGAAGCUCGGGGUGCUCCAGAAAGUUGCUUCAAAAAGCAGAACGUGAGAGGGGAUCGAUUUGGCAACUGUGGUGGCGAUGGGAGCAAAGUUGCUUUUGUGGCAUGUAAACCCCAAGAUGCGCUGUGUGGAAGGCUGCAGUGUGUCAACGUGAAGAGGAAACCUGUUCUGGGCGAGUCUGAAACCAUCAUUCAGACGCCAGGGCCUGAGGAUUGGUGCUGGGGCACAGCCUACCAUGCCAGCGCGGAUACACCCGAUAUCGGAGGAGGGCUUGAUGGCACCAGAUGUGGGCCAAAAAAGAUCUGCAUUAACAAGACAUGCACAGAUGCCGCGGUCAGGGAAAAGUGCGAUGGGAAGGUUUUGUGUGGGGGGAAAGGGGUUUGCAACAACCUCAAGCACUGCCACUGUGAAGCUGGCUGGGCUCCUCCGGACUGCCAGUUCCACGGCCUGGGAGGGAGCGUGGACAGUGGCCCUCCACCAUCUCUCACAAUGUCCAUGACGGAGUUUGUCCAAAAUAAAGUGUUCAGGACAGUAAUUGGGAUCACAGUUCCCAUUACCCUCAUUCUGAUUGCCCUCCUCAUUGCUGUAACCAAAUACAGAAAGGCAAUAGCUGCGUUUUUCAGUACAAGUUUAGCCACCAAGAGCAGUGAGACUCCCACAGGUGAGGAGCACAGUAUGGAAGAAGAAGAUGAUGUUUAA